CCAUUCACAGUAGUAUGGAUUUGGGAAUCGGAUGUGUAACGUGUCGAAUUGAGUGUCUUCUUUACUUUUAAAUUUAGUUUCGCGUCAAAUUUCUAAAAUAAUAAAAUUCAUUGAAUUGGGUCUAAGUUCAAUUUUUGAUAUUAAAGCAAAAUUAUCAAAGUGCGGUGAUUACUAAAAAAGAACUUGGCCUGAAUAGCUUGAAUAUCCAUAAUAUAAAAAGAAAUUAUCGUUGUUUCAAAGAAAUUUCGCACCUUCUCGGUUUAUUUGCAAAUUACAUCAUGGCAGGUGGUGAUCAAGUUGAAGUGAACAAUCCAACACCCGAUAUUAAUACCAAACUACAAUACUUGAAUUCACUAAUCAAUGAAUGCAAUCUGCUGGUAGCCCAGUAUAAUACCGAUGUUCCAUUUAACAUUCAAAAGUAUAAGAGUUAUAGGCAAGAAAUUCAAACAUUGAGAUCGUCAUUAACACCGAUUACCGAGUUUCAACAGAACAUUUAUAUUAAUGAAUGUGAGCAAGUUAUAAACGCAAUAAAUCACCAACGAAGCCUCAUCUCCUCGUCAUUUAACAGCAUCUUAAAUUUAUUUGCUGACAUUGAAAGUGGCAUGAUUGAACGAUUGAAGGAAUGGCGACGUGUUCAACUAUUGUCCGGUUUUGAUUAUCGAAGUCGAGUAACAACUAUAGUUGAUAAAAGUGACGAUCUUAAAAAUGAACUCGAUACCAUUCAGAUACAGUACGAAGGCUUGUUUGAUUGUGUAUUGAAUACACGAAAUAUCUUAAACACCAUUUAUAUCAUAAACAACGGAGUGAACAUUUCCGACAAUGUGCAAUCAAAAUUCAAUCCGAAAAUUGAUAAACUUCUUUUUGACUUGAUUUCGCGCAGUUUUAUAAUUGAUUUACAGCCACCGCAAAUUGUCAAAAGGGACAUAAGAUUUGAUGCCAGUGUUCGUUUACUUUUGCCAAAGUUUUUAAAAGACGAACAAAAUUAUAACGUUAGUGUGUCCAUCGUGCCAGAAACCAUGGAUCCGGAGAGAAAACCAUCGGGUAAAAUUUGGGUAAAAAAUGAUCGAUUCAAGAGGUACGAAGGAUUUCUAUGGAAGUUAUCAUGCAAUUUCAAAUCAUUAAAAUUAUAUAACCUCGACCAACGCAGAGGGAAGAAUGUUACCGAUCAAAAACACGUUUUUAUCUUUAAAACGACAGUCAAUUUUGAAGGCACAGAACGAAAUGUAUUGGUGAAAUCAUUACCAGUUGUGAUCACUUUACAUCCAUAUCAAGAACCAUCUGCGUGGGCCACCAUUGUAUGGAAUAAUUUGCUUGAAUAUUACGGUCGACCACCGGUUGCAAGUAGCGCUCCAUGGCAUGAAAUGAGUUUCAUUUUGGGCAAAGUAUUUCUAUCUCAAACCGGUUGUGUUUUAUACGAUUAUGAGUUAUCAUACUUGGAACAACGAGCCAUUCAAUUGAAUUUCAUAAGAAAUGGUUACAUUUCAUACCGGCGAUUUUGCAAAACAGAACUUGAGAAUUUGAAAUUGACAUUCUGGGAUUGGUUUUAUGGUAUCAUGAAGUUAACGCGUGAACAUCUUAGUGGACCAUGGAAUGACGGACUCAUUGCUGGUUUCAUUGGCAAAAAUAAAACGGAAGAAAUAUUGGUCCAGUGUGUGCCGGGAACGUUUUUACUACGAUUUUGCGACACAUUUUUGUUACGAUUUUGUGAUACCAGACUUGGUGGCAUCUCAGUUGCUUGGGUUGAGAAUGAGAACGGAAAUCGUUGCGUUAAGCAUUUAAAAUCAUUCAUUUCUAAAGAUUUUGACAAUUCAAAUCUAGGCGGAACAACAAUUGGCGAUCACAUCAGGUACAUAGACCAAUGCAUGUAUCUCUAUCGAAAUACUCCGAAGGAUGUUGCAUUUGGCAAGUAUUACACCAAUCGAUCUGAAAAUUGACAACGAUUAAGUAUGGUCCAUGGACCAAUGGACAGUUUAUUGAAACCGUUUAUUCUAGCUCAUUGGUCCGCAAUUUUUACUAUUAAAGAUAAGUUCAAGACAGAGAUGUAAUUAAAUGAA